AUGACCAAACCAGCUAUCGUCAUUGUGCCUGGCUCGUGGCACAGGCCUCAACACUACCACUAUGUCAUCGACGGUCUCAAAAAACUGAGAUAUGAAGCAGAAGGUGUGGAUCUUCCCUCUAUCGACUCGAGUCCGCCCCAUUCGACCUGGGAGAAUGAUGCCGAAGAAGUCCGUCGUGUUAUCUCAAAGUAUCUAGACGCUGGUAAGGACGUCAUUACGCUCGCCCAUUCAUUUGGCGGAAUUGCCAUGUCUGAAGCCGUGAAAGGGCUUGGGAAGAAUGAUCGGGAAAAGAAAGGCCUGGUAUCUUCAGUUCGUCAACUGAUCUAUAUGUGUGCGAUGGCUUUGCCAAAAGGACAAAGCUACGCAACUCAGAUGGUACCAGCGACCCCCGAAGAAGAGGCGUUGGAAAAACAGCGGAAUGAGCUGCAGGAAAAACAUGGAGGGAUUCAAAUUCAACCGGAUGGAUCGAUGGUACUCGAUGGAGAUAUCUGCAGCCUUGCUCUGUACAACGACUGUGACCCUGAAGAUGUGAAAGAAGCAAUCUCUCUUUUAGGAUCUUUUCCGGCUGCUCCAUUGGCUGUUCCAGUCACUUAUACAGCUUAUCUUGAGAUUCCGAGCACAUACAUUGUGUGUCAGAAGGACCAGGCCUUACCGCCUUGUGUGCAAGAGAGAAUUGUAGAACAAGGAAACGGUGCAUUCCAUGUUGAGCGAUGCAAUGAAGGUCAUUCGCCAUUCUUGAGCAACCCAAGCUAUAUUGUGAAUUGUGUUCGAAGAGCAGCGGGGAGGAAGUUUAGCUACUACCUAGUUAUAUCAUUGUGA